AUGACAGUUGAGACAAAAUUAACAGAUUUCAGGACAGCAACCAUAACACAACAUUGGAAUGAUCCUCCACAAAAAAUAUUUUUUAAACCUGAUGAUGGUUAUGAUCGAUUAGACUCUUAUCAAAUUCGUUCAAUAUUAGAAAAAAUAUUGGAAAAUUGUAAAAAUCAUUCCAUGGUAUCUGAUAGACGAAUGGUGACAGAUAGUGAAAAAAGAUUAGCAUUAUUAUUUGAAAGAUUAGAAAAGGAACAAAUAUCUGAAUCUGUUCUUGGGCGAUUAUGUAAAAUGUGUGAAUAUGUCAAAGAAAAUGACUUUAUCAAUGCAUUAACAAUUCAUAGUAAUCUUAUGACUACCGAUUUUGGAAAUGAAGGAAAAUGGUUAUUGGGUCUUAAAAGAUUAUUGGAUUUGUGUAAAAAGAAAUUAGAAUCGAAAUAA